CAAAUGUGUCAAAAGGGCUAAAUUAAAUUUAGCUGUUCUUUGUUUACUUUGCUUUUUUACGUUUCUUUUUUACUUUUUCCUUUCAUUUCUGUGUAUGGAUUAUCAUUUCGUUUAAAGUUUCACAGUGUAAUAUGGGUACCAGCACGAUGGGGAGCGAUUUACACAGUGAUAAGCAAGACAAAAUGUUGAAACUUCAAGCCCGAAAGAAGGAGCUCGAAUUAAUGUUGGCCUCGAAAAAUGAGGAAUUAUAUAAGCUAUGCGUUCAGGAAGUUCAACUCACUGGUAUAAUGCCGCCAGAAGCACCUUUAAGUCCCGAAAUACCGCAACGGGAGAGACUAGGAAGUGUGCGUAGCGUUGACAGGUCUACCGAAGGCACUGAUGUUCACGACGGCUCCGAUACGUCUUCGCGACGUUUGAGACAAGGUAUAGAUCGCGUGCAUGACUCCGAUCCAAACUUGCGAAAGAACCUAGCCCAUAGGUUGUCCACCCCGUCGAUAUCAGGCAUAUCCACAAAGAGUGCGCAACCACGGCAUGUGAGACGGCCGGAAAUAAACUCCAAUUUCUUUCCUUCGCCGCCGCACGAACGCAAUCCUGAGACUUUUUCAAUUCACCCUUCUCAUACGUAUCCGGCUUUGGCUACAAGACAGGAUGGUCACAGUGACAUCAUGAAUGAUUUACAGCAUGGUCCGGUGCACAGACACCAUACCAUGACAACAGAAUAUUCAAACAAGAUAUACUAUAAUAGUCCAACAGAGGCUCACAGUGUCUCUAGACUGCGGGAAACACACUUUAGCAGUAGUCAUCCAGAUAUAACCACACAUUACACUCAUGGAACGAUUGCACAGUCCCCGGUACCCACACACAACGGAAUGCGAAACACCCCCCUCAUAUACCAAUAUGCUUCUCACUUAAAGGCACAGAAUCAGCAUUUAGGUGCUUUACAUCACCAUCAGAUGCAACCGAAGCGCCGGGCCGAUGGUGUGAGACGCAACACCUUGCAAAGGACUCAAACAUACCACCUCACUUCUCAUAGCGAUUAUAAUCAACAUUUGGAGAAUAUGGGUGAACCGUACAGGCCUCCAGCCCCAGUAUAUCAACAUAGAUCUCAGCCGGACAUCCAAGAACCUGUAGAGAGAAGACAAGCACCUAUAGAACGAAAUAUACCUGUGCCCAACACUUUGCCAUUACGAGAGAGAAAUACGAUACGAAAUCCUAUGUAUAUGCAGCUCCAAGUGUCCACAGAAGAUUAUGGUCAGGAAGAAAGAAGACCGUAUCCGAAUGCAAUGAGUCCACUCAGUCAAAUGUCAGGCUAUUCCCAGGGGAAUUUUGAUUCAGUCAGCAUGAACAAGUUUUCACCUCUCUCUCAAGAUAACAAGGUCAAAGAGAAGCAGUGGUACGAGACAUCUUUGGAUUCUCCAACUAAAGAAGUGCCCGUCCUGAAGAAGAGCCCAAGUAUCAAACGAACUCCGAGCAUUGGGAACUCUCAGACUUACGAGGUAAUGAUAUCCUCGGGCCGUCACUCUGCAAUGCAAAGUCCAAACCAAGUGCCUCAAAGUCCACCUGUGCUGUCUACAAGUGCAGUGUCACUGGAGUCUCCUAAAAACUUAACCGUUAUAGAACAAGGCAAGUGCAUUCCGUACAGAGAGGAGACCAAACCAUUUGAGAUGUCAGACUUCUACAAAUAUUCUACAAAGUUCCGACAAGCCAAUGCUCAGAAACCCUCGGGUUCUAACCAUCACAUCAGUAUGUACAAUAAGUUACCUGUUGAUGCAAUGCAAUAUAGCCAGGAUCAAUGGCAUAGUCAAGGUAAUUAAGAAAAGACAAAUAAUUCUAGAAACUGUGCCCUAAAUGAGCCUAGAAAAGCCAGUUAGUAUGUAUAUUUUUUGUAUUUUAAAUUCUAGUUAUAAU